UCAGCGGGCUGCAGGAGGAAACAUAAUCCUUAGGAGGAAGGCUGCAUUUAUCAGUCUGUGACUGUUGGUGUGAGGGAGCAUCUGGGGGAACAAUAAACUAGGCUAGGAGCCCACCACGGCCAGUAAAGCCACACAGAAAGCCUCUAAUUGCAGCUUGCUUUCUGUCUUUCUUUUUGUCUCACGCUUUUCUUUUUCUUUCCUUCACUUUGUCCGGUUCCUGGUCUCCCCUCACAGCGGCGUUCAGCUUUGCACUACAAUGUCAGGCUCCCCUGCAGGAGGCACACAAAGGUUAUGCUGCCCAAAUGUUGUCUGAGUCCGAGUGAGAAAGAGAAGGGCUGAAGCCACACCGUUCCCUAAACCUGUUUAGCUAUCCAGACAGCCACAGCACCAGCACCCAUUCCACAGAGGAGAGGAGCCAUGAGCAACCCCAAUGAACCCAGCAAUGUCACAGACGCCUUGGCAUCAGUCAUCCACAUCCCGGAGGCGCCGUCAGCCUCGUCCAUGCGAGGAGCAGUUGAGGAGGAUGAAGGGGACCUGAACAAAUCCCUGGGGGUCCAGCGCUUUCAGCAGAUCCUCAGCUCCGCCCCAAGGGUCCCCGACGAGCAGCACCGCACCUACAACGAGGAGGACUUUGAAUACCACCGUCACUCCUCGCACCACAUCCACCACCCCCUGUCCAAGCUGCCCUCCGAUGGGAGGAGGAAGAAGAGCGGCAAGAAGAAAAAGAAGGAAAGGGAGCGCAAGGACAGUUCUGGCCCAACAAGCAACACCGCCAUUGAGGAAGGAGAAGAUGAGGAAGAGGAUGAGGAAGAGUGUGGAGAGAGCCUCACCCAUCUCUCUGAGACAGAUUGUGACACCGUCAAAGAAGACGUACAUUUCUUUCUGUCAGAUGAAGAUCGCCUGGCCACACCUACCACAGACAGCCCCCACCCUGCCCGAGGGAUGGAGGUUGUGCCUCAGUCUGCCGUGGGCACCGAACCUGAAGAUGCCGCCUCCACCGAAAAGCCCUGUCCGACCUUGUCCAGCAGUGACCCGUCCGACCCCGCCUCUCUGACCCGCGUAGCCAGCCGCAGCUACGACCUGCAGGACCGCCGGCGUACGGGUAACAUGACUGGCGCCGAGCAGGCCAAGUACCAUCGCAUCCCCACGGAUGAAAGUGAGGCGCAGACCCUGGCCUCGGCCGACUUGGACGGCAUUAAGAGCCAUCGUUUUGAGGAUGUCCCUGGGGUACGGAGACACCUGGUCAGGAAGAGCACCAAGGGCCAAGUGGUGCACGUCGGCAAGGACCACCAGGAGACCAGCAUACGUAGCCAAAAAAAGGACCGGACCCCACAUGAGGUGUUUGUGGAGCUGAACGAGCUGAUCAUGGAUAAGAACCAGGAAAUGCAGUGGCGGGAGACAGCGCGUUGGAUCAAGUUUGAGGAGGACGUGGAGGAGGAGACGGAUCGCUGGGGCAAACCCCACGUGGCCUCACUCUCCUUCCGCAGCCUGCUGGAGCUCCGCAAGACCAUCUCCCACGGGGCGGUGUUGUUGGACCUGGACCAGAAGACUCUGCCUGGCAUCGCCCACCAGGUGGUGGAGCAGAUGAUCAUCUCAGACCAGAUCAAGGCUGAGGACCGCGCCAACGUGCUCCGAGCCCUGCUUCUCAAACACAGUCACCCGAGUGACGAGAAGGAGCACAGCCACAACCCCUUCCCCAGGAACAUCUCUGCGGCCAGCCUGGGCAGCCUGCUACCGCACCACCACAGCUCCAACCACAUCCACCUGCCAGAGCCCUCCGUCACAGAGCCCCUCAUGGGCUCGGCCAGCUCGGCGGAGCAGGAGACGCGUGUCGACGUGGAGAAGAACGACGUGCAGAAGGAGUCGACUCCAAAUAUUGGCAUGCACAGGUCCAAGUCCAAGCAUGAGCUCAAGCUGCUGGAGAAGAUUCCAGAGAACGCUGAGGCCACUGUUGUCCUUGUGGGCAGUGUGGACUUCCUGGAGCAGCCCACCAUGGCGUUUGUCCGGCUGCAGGAGGCGCAGGAGCUGGACUCUGUACUGGAGGUUCCCGUGCCUGUCAGGUUCAUCUUCGUCCUGCUGGGACCCUCCAGCACCAACAUUGACUACCACCAGAUCGGACGCUCCAUCUCCACACUCAUGUCUGACAAGCACUUCCAUGAGUCAGCCUACCUGGCGGACGACCGUCAAGACCUGCUCAACGCCAUCAACGGCUUCCUGGACUGCAGCAUUGUGCUGCCCCCCUCGGAGAUGGGCGGCGAGGAGCUGCUCCACUCAGUCUCUCGCUUCCAGAAGGAGAUGCUCCGCAAGAGGGAGGAGCAAGGAGCCUUGCUGGCCAAGGAGCCCAAAAGCCAGGAGGAGAAAGAGGCCCUUCUAUCGCCCGGGAAGCCGGGAGACGACCCCCUGCAGCGUACGGGACGCCCCUUCGGCGGCCUGAUCCGGGACGUGAAGCGCCGCUACCCAAAGUACGCGAGCGACUUCAAGGACGCGCUGAACGCCCAGUGCGCGGCGGCCGUCAUCUUCAUUUACUUCGCCGCCCUCUCCCCAGCUAUCACCUUCGGAGGCCUCCUGGGUGAGAAGACUGAGGGUCUGAUCGGUGUGUCUGAGCUGAUCGUGGCCACGGCGCUGCAGGGCAUUCUCUUCUGUCUCCUGGGGGCCCAGCCGCUCCUGGUGGUGGGCUUCUCUGGACCCCUGCUCGUCUUUGAAGAGGCCUUCUACUCUUUCUGUAAGGGAAACGGGGUGGAAUACCUGACGGGCCGGGUGUGGAUCGGCUUCUGGCUCAUCAUCAUCGUGGUGAUGAUGGUGGCCUUGGAGGGCAGUUUCCUGGUUCGCUUUGUCUCGCGCUUCACCCAGGAGAUCUUCUCCUGCCUCAUCUCACUCAUCUUCAUCUUCGAGACCUUCUCCAAGAUAGGCAAGAUUUUCGUGGAGCACCCGCUGCAGCGCUGUUCCUCUGACAACAGCACGGCGGAGAACUCCACAAUGGAGAAUAGCCCCCUGGAGCUGUUGCUUGGCAACGGCACCAUUUCGGUGGUGCCGGUGAAGGUCUGGAGGGAACCCAACACAGCACUGCUCUCCCUGGUGCUCAUGUCUGGAACCUUCUUCAUUGCGUUCUACCUGCGCAAGUUCAAAAACAGUGCCUUCUUCCCCGGCAAGCUGCGUAGGAUCAUUGGAGAUUUCGGGGUCCCCAUAGCCAUCCUCAUCAUGGUCCUAGUGGACUACAGUAUACGUGACACUUACACACAGAAACUGAGCGUGCCCAGUGGCUUUUCUGUGACCAGUCCUGAGAAGCGUGGCUGGGUGAUCAACCCCCUGGGCAUGGACACCCCAUUCCCCAUCUGGAUGAUGUUCGGCAGCAUGCUGCCCGCCCUGCUGGUCUUCAUCCUCAUCUUCAUGGAGACACAGAUCACCACGCUGAUAGUGAGUAAGAAGGAGCGGAUGCUGGUGAAGGGUUCUGGCUUCCACCUGGACCUGCUGGUGAUCGUGGUGUUAGGGGGCACCUCGGCCCUGUUCGGCCUGCCCUGGAUGGCCGCCGCCACCGUGCGCUCCGUCACGCACGCCAACGCCCUCACCGUCAUGAGCAAGGCGGUCGCCCCAGGUGACAAGCCCCGCAUCCAGGAGGUCAAGGAGCAGCGGGUCACAGGGUUGCUGGUGGCCAUCUUAGUAGGCCUUUCCAUCGUGAUCGGAGACCUCUUGCGUCAGAUCCCCAUCGCUGUGCUGUUUGGCAUCUUCCUCUACAUGGGCGUGAUGUCACUCAACGGCAUCCAGUUCACCGAGCGCCUGAUGCUACUGCUGAUGCCCCCCAAGUACCACCCAGACCACACCUACGUCCGCAAGGUGAAAACUCUGCGGAUGCACCUGUACACGCUGAUCCAGCUGGUGUGUCUGGCGUCGCUGUGGGCCGUCAUGUCCACCGUGGCUUCGCUGGCCUUCCCCUUCGUCCUCAUCCUCACCGUGCCCGUUAAGAUGUUUCUGCUGUCACGCAUCUUCACCACCCGAGAGAUGCAGUGUCUGGAUUCUGAUGACGCAGAGCCCAUCUUUGAUGAGAGAGAGGUCCAUGACGAGUACUCAGAGAUGCACAUGCCUGUGUGACCCACACCAUCAUAUGCCUACCUAUUGCUGGAUUCAUCCCUCAGUGGCCAAACCAACCUGCCAAUCAAUCUACCAGCCAAUGAGAAGCCUGUCCAAGGGAAAACCCUAUAUACCCAAUUGACAGACCUUCAGACCAUCAUUGAGCUCUGCUGGUCCUGGAUUCCAUUGGUAUAACCACACGUGACCGAAGGACGAAGAUGUCGUAUGCAGGCUUGGUUCCCUUUCAAUCUCAUUCACUUGGACAGAGUUCAAUUGUAUGCCAUGAAUGAUUCAACGUUUUCAUGACAACAUACAAGUGGUCUCAUGAUGACACACAGCAGCAAAUGGAGACCCAUUAUAGGGGGCACAUCAUGUCAUCGGAAGGGGUCAGGGGUUAGGGUUCAGAGCACUUUGUGGCGUUAGGGAUGAAUACCGACUGAAAGGUCCAACCAGUUCAGCAUAUUUAUUUUAUUCAUCAUCAUCAUGUUAUAUAUUGCGACAUAUUUUUUUAAAUAUCAGUGGAGGAGAGGUUCAAAUUCAAUUGUGUUAUAUAGAUUUCGAAUUUCAAGGUUUAUUCCAAUGAGAGAGAUAUAUAUAUAUAUAUUAGUAAGUUGUUUAAUACACAAUGAUACAUUUUUCAACCCUGAAAGGGUGCGCUGAUUCACAUUGAAUGUGUGGAUGAUUACAUAUGGGAUACAUUCCUUGAGUCAAUAUAUUUAAAAUGUUGAGCUUUUAUUUGAUUUUGUUCUCUUUUUAUGUUUAUCUCUUUUAGCUCACUAAGCGCCUUAUGACGAAGACGAUAACUAUACUGAGGAACGUUGUAGAUGUUGCCUUAUUUGUUUUAAACAGCUGUAAUUUCAACAGACACUCUUAAGCUCUGAGCACUUUUUAAGACACCAAAUUUGGAAAUUUGUUUUUGUGUAAUAUUAAAUUAGUGUUUUAUAUUUGACUUUAGGUGUCUUCUUAGUCUAUCAAAUACUAAGCUGUGUAAAAUAAAUACAUAGAUGCCUUACAUUUUUAUCUCCAUACCAUUCCAUUAGCUAGUACGGAAGGAGUCAGAUUUUUAUGUUUCCAAACAAUUGCAAAGAAGACACAACCUGCUCCAAUGUCCGACCUGAUAUCAAGCUAAUAAGGUAGUGGAGUCCAGUGGUUUUACCAGUAGUCAUUACAACACAGUACUUAACAGGUCAGCAGUCACAGCGGUCUUGUGGAGGCGUGAUGAGAUGUGGGAAUCUGUCUUAUGUGAUUGUGUGGUUUGUUCUGGACAGAGAAAAGAUAUGCAAAAUGCCUUUUUUUUCUUUUCUUCAGUUCUUAUAAUCAUUUGUUUUCGUCCAGUCAUCUGUGCUUAUUUGGCCGCUGUGGUGGCUCAAGCUUAGCGGCAGAGGGGAACCAAAUGUAACCAAAAUACACAUGGUAGUACCAAAUGCUUUCAAAGUACUGUACUGAACGUAAAUGUAACUCUUCCCAAACUUGUUUAUGUAAAUUGACCGGAACUAUUUGUUCCGGUCAAUUUGUUCCGGUCAAUACUAAAUAUGUAGUAUUUUCACAUGUAUUUGAAGUACUGAAGUGGGAUCCCAUCUCUCAAGUGCUACACAUUCUUACACAUUUCUGAAGUACUGUCUACAUGAAAUAGUUAUACAGGUAAAUGCCAAAAUAAUGGAAACACCUGAGUAAAUGAGGGAUACAAAUGAUAUUGAAAGCAGGUGCUUCCACAUGUUUGGUUCCAGAGUUAAUUAAGCCUUUAACAACCCAUCAUGCUUAGUGUUAUGAAUAAAAAUCCUGGGCAAGCUAUUAUUUUGGCAACCAUGGCUUUGCCCUCAUAGGAUGACAAUGCCCCCAUCCACAGUGCACAAGUGGUCACUGAUUUGUUUGAUGAGCAUGUAAACGAUGUAAAUCUUAUGCCAUGGCCAUCUCAGUCAUGCUUAUGGGAGAUUCUGGAGCAGCGCCUGAGACAGUGUUUUCUACCACCGUCAACAAAAUAGUGGAAUUUCUCGUGGAAGAAUGGUGUCACGUCCCUCCAAUAGAGUUCCAGACACUUGUAGAAUCUAUGCCAAGGUGCAUUGAAGCUGUUCUGGCUCGUGGUGACCCAAUGCCCUAUUAAGACACUUUAUGUUGGUGUUUCCUUUGUGUUCACAAUGAGGGUGAUAAUAGAAGAUGCCGUAUAUGUCCUGGGGGGGGGACAUCUUUGAGUGCUCACUGUCAACCUGUCAGCAUAAAGCUUGUCAAUUUUGGGGGAAA